AUGACAGGACUGGACACGAACACCCCUACACCACAGCUCCAUUUACAGAAUAUGACAGCCAGCGACCUCCAGCUGAACUCUGAUUCACAGAGGUCAACGCCUCCCUCAAGAAGCAGGGGCCCCUUCAACAGCAUCAAGUUAUUUGUGCUGUGCCAUGGCAUGCUCCAGCUGGCCCAGCUGUUGGUGUCUGGAUAUCUGAAGAGCUCCAUCUCCACCAUAGAGAGACGCUAUGGCUUCUCUAGCCAGAAGUCUGGCAUCUUGGCAUCCUUCAAUGAGGUGGGGAACAUAGUCCUGAUAGUGUUUGUUAGUUUCUUUGGUAGCCGUGUCCACAGACCACGGUUCAUUGGUGGAGGGGCACUGGUGGUCAGUCUGGCUGCUCUGAUAAUGGCCAUGCCUCAUUUCAUCAGUGGCCCCUACCAGUACACAGACCACAUCAGCGAAUCCAAGGAUGACGACUCUGGCCUCUGCCAAUUAGAGAGCUCUUUCCAAUCAACCUUGUCCAAUCAUAGCUGCACUCAGCAAGAGAGACACUCCCAGCAGGGAGUAUUCCCACUCCUGCUCCUAGGACAGAUACUCCUGGGAAUCGGCGGCGUUCCCAUCCAACCCUUCGGAAUCUCCUACAUUGAUGACUAUGCCAGCAAGAGGAACUCUCCUCUCUACCUCGGCAUCCUCCUGGCUGUCACAUCUAUUGGUCCUGCUUUUGGCUUUAUGAUGGGCUCCUUCAUGUUGCGCUUUUAUGUCGACAUCGACAAGAUGUCCAAAGAUCAGAUAGGUCUGGAGCGAGGAGACCCUCGCUGGGUGGGAGCCUGGUGGCUAGGCUUCUUGGUGGCAGCCUCCUUCCUCUUCCUCACCUCCCUGCCCUACCUCUUCUUCCCCCGGCAGAUGCCCAAAGAGGAAAAUGGAGGCGAUGUCACAGAGCCCAGAGCAGAAGAGGAAAAGAAACCACUGCCAGACCCCGUCCAGGAACUCACCCUCACACAGUUUCUCAAAAGUUUCCCCCGUAUCGCCCUGCGGACCCUGCGGAACCCCAUCUACCUUUUGGUGGUGCUGGCACAGGUCCACCUGGCAGCGAUGGUAGCCGGCCUCGCCACCUUUAUGGCCAAGUUCAUAGAGCGCCAGUUCACCCAGACUGCCUCCUUCUCCAACAUGAUGAUCGGUGGGGUGAGUAUCCCUCUAGCGGUGCUGGGCAUCGUGCUAGGUGGGGCUUUGAUGAGGAGGCUGAGUAUGUCUACUAGAGGCUCCGCCCUCAUGUGCACGGCAGCCAUCUUGAUGUGUAUACUCACCGCUCUGCCUCUCCUCCUCCUCGGCUGCUCCACACAGAGUGUCACUGGAGUCUACCCCACCACACAGAAUGGUUCCUUGGGGUGUAAAGCUGGGUGCUCCUGUCCGACCGAGACUUUUAACCCGGUGUGUGGCUCAGACGGGGUGGAGUUCAUAUCACCCUGUCAUGCAGGCUGCAUGACCAAAGUACAGGACAACAACACCAUCAAAGUCCUGAACUACACAAACUGUGGCUGCAUCAACGGGUCCCAUGCGUUGUCGGGGACAUGCGGUAGCAACUGUGAACACCUCCUCUUGCCCUUUAUGGUUCUCUCUGCCCUCACCUGCUUCAUCGCAUCCUUCUCACAGACGCCAUCAUACAUGAUGAUACUGAGGACAGUGAGAACAGAGGAUAAGUCUUUUGCUGUGGGAGUUCAGUACAUGCUCUUCAGAAUGCUGGCAUUCCUGCCUGCCCCAGUCCUGUACGGCAUUGCCAUAGACACCACCUGUAUCCUCUGGGGGAAGAAGUGUGGGAGGAACACAUCAUGUCACUACUACAACAUGGACCUCUUCAGACAGAGGUUCCUGGGACUGCAGGUGUUGUUUGUUUGUGGAGCGUUCAUCUGCUUCCUGCUCUCUCUCCUCAUCCUGAGACAUAGGGCAGGACAACAAUGCCAGCAGGCGGGACAGAGAUACACUGUGGUGAACGGAGUAAAGAGUCCAGACAACAACACUGCCUCCAAAGAACUGCAGAGGAUGCCAGCAUGAGAGAGGACUGAGAGAGAAAGAUAAAUGAACUGAAUUGCAAGCUGGGUAGACAGAGAAGAAAAAUGUAUCAAUCUAAUUCUCUACAGAAUCAUGAAGAAGACUACAGAGAUGAGAAGCGCUCCGUGGGCAUCUUUCUCAGUGAGAGUCCAUCUCUUACUUUGUGUCCUCUAUUUUGUCCAUGGGAGGACCUGUUUCUCUCUCUCCUCCCGUUGGCCAAUGAGGAGUGUUUAAAUAUCUCUACACUAUUACUGCUCCCAAACUGCCAGUGCUGUAUCUGAGCCAUUGUAACAUAGCGUGUCAUUCUCUGGAACCAGUCUGAGGGGUCCCCUUUCCACUGAUACAGGGUCAGAUCUUUGUCCAUCUCUCUUAUGCUUAAGGUUAGGACAUGGGGAGGGUAAGCUGCUAUAAACUGAUCCUAGAUCUCUAGACGUUUUUUUAUAUUAGUUUUAUUGUCACAUCCACCGAUUAGGUGCAGUGAAAUGUUGUUGUUUUACAGGCUCAGCCAUCGUAGUACGGCGUCCCUGGAGCAAAUUUGGGUGCCUUUCUCAAGGGCACAUUGACAGAAUUUUCACCUUGUCGACUCGAGCCACCAGACCAAAGCAAUCAGACCAAAGACAGCAUUAGAAAACCAAACUCCCACUAAGCCAAUACUCUUCAGGUGUUGGUUGUUUUUAGAAAACAUGUAUAUACCAUAUAUUUUUCUUUGUUUUUUAACCUGUCUAGGACUAGGGUGCCGCUAGCGGCACACCCCCCCCACCCCCACUGAAAAGGCAGAGCCGCGAAAUUCAAAAAAAAUAUUUUUUUUUAAUAUUUAACUUUCACACAUUAAAGUCCAAUACAGCUAAUGAAAGACACAGAUCUUGUGAAUCCAGCCAACAUGUCCGAUUUUUAAAAUGUUUUACAGGGAAGACACAAUAUGUAAAGAUGUAAAUCUAUUACCUAAAAACACAUUAGCAUAAUCCACCAUCUUUUAUUUGUCCACCAACACCAGUAGCUAUCACCAAUUCGGCUAAACUAAGAUAUUUAUAGCCCCUAACCAAGAAAAAAACUCAUCAGAUGACAGUCUGAUAACAUAUUU